UCAGAGACUGCAGCACGCAGCGCGGCGCCACCUCGGAGAGUCUGCGUGUGGACGCCCCUGGCUCCUCCCACAUGUCAAGUCACAGCGGGGAGCUGUGCAUCCUGAGCGUCUACGGACAAGGGGAGGGCCCUCUGGCGGUGGACGGCCAUGACACCCUCUUUGCCGCGCCAGAACUGGAGGCCUUGAGCUCGCUGUCCGCUGACCACAGCGUGGCCAAGAGCCUGAACUGCAGCGUACGGCUCGUCCGCCUUGAGGAGCUGACUGGACUUCAGGGCUGCCGCAAGGGCCGGCUCGGUGUCUUGUGUGGAAAGGUUAUUCCCAACAAUGCCAAUAUGAUCGUCCACAUGAUGCCUCACUCUGGGGAGAAGCCCUACAAAUGUGACCAAUGCACAAAGUGCUUCAGUCGGACAAGCCACCUGAAGCGCCACCUGAGGACUCACUCUGGGGAGAAGCCCUACAAGUGUGACCAAUGCAAGAUGCGCUUCAGACAGAAAGACCACCUGAAGAACCACAUGAGGACUCACUCUGGGGAGAAGCCCUACAAGUGUGACCAAUGCAAGAUGCGCUUCAGACAGAAAGACCACCUGAAGAACCACAUGAGGACUCACUCCGGGGAGAAGCCCUACAAGUGUGACCAAUGCACGAAGUGCUUCAGUGAGAAAGGCACCCUGAAGAACCACAUGAGGAGUCACUCCGGGGAGAAGCCCUACAAGUGUGACCAAUGCAGUAAGCGCUGCAGUCGGAGAGGUGCCCUAAAUAGCCACAUGAUGAUUCACUCCGGGGAGAAGCCCUACAAGUGUGACCAAUGCACGAAGUGCUUCAGUGAGAAAGGCACCCUGAAGAACCACAUGUGGACUCACUCCGGGGAGAAGCCCUACAAGUGUGACCAAUGCACGAUGCGCUUCAGACGGACAAGCUGCCUGAAGAGCCACAUGAGGACUCACUCCGGGGAGAAGCCCUACAAGUGUGACCAAUGCACGAAGCGCUUCAGACGGACAAGCUACCUGAAGAGCCACAUGAGGACUCACUCCGGGGAGAAGCCCUACAAGUGUGACCAAUGCACGAUGCGCUUCAGUCAGACAAGCCCACUGAAGAACCACCUGAGGACUCACUCCGGCGAGAAGCCCUACAGGUGCGACCAAUGCAAGAAGGGCUUCAGUCAGACAAGCCAACUGAAGAUCCACCUGAGGAUUCACUCCGGGGAGAAGCCCUACAGGUGUGACCAAUGCAAGAAGUGCUUCUGUCAGAAAGGCAACCUGAAGAUCCACCUGAGGACUCACUCUGGGGAGAAGCCCUGCGUUUGUCUGCAGUGCAACGCCAGCUACAGCGACCCAAGCAAUUUGCGUGUGCACAUGCUCAAGCACAGUUUGGCACGGGGUAACGGGACUCGUAGCGAGGAACUGCUGAAUAUGAUCGUCCACAUGAGGACUCACUCCGGCGAGAAGCCCUACAGGUGUGACCAAUGCAUGAAGUGCUUCAGUCUGAAAGGCAACCUGAAUCGACACAUGAUGAAUCACUCUGGGGAGAAGCCCUACAGGUGUGACCAAUGCAUGAAGCGCUUCAGUCAAGGCGGCGACCUGAAGAUCCACCUGAGGACUCACUCUGGGGAGAAGCCCUACAGGUGUGACCAAUGCACGAAGUGUUUCAGUCGGACAAGCCACCUGAAGAUCCACAUGAGGACUCACUCCGGGGAGAAGCCCUACAAGUGUGACCAAUGCGGAAAGCGCUACAGUCACAGCUCCAACCUCAAGAUCCACAUGAGGAUUCACUCCGGGGAGAAGCCCUACAGGUGUGACCAAUGCAAGAAGUGCUUCUGUCAGAAAGGCCACCUGAAGAUCCACAUGAGGACUCACUCUGGGGAGAAGCCCUGCGUGUGUCUGCAGUGCAACGCCAGCUACAGCGACCCAAGCGGUUUGCGAGUGCACAUGCUCAAGCACACUUUGGCACGGGGUAACGGGACGCUUUGAUUGAGACCUCUGUCUGGUAUUGGUUUAAAUUACUGCUUUUAGUUUUUCUUUUCAUCACGAUUAAACGCUUUCAACCUUU